AUGGCGCUCUCGCGCUAUCUCCUGCUGCUCGUCGUAUUCGCCGUCGCCCUCGCCGCGCAUCUCGCCAUCGGCGCUUCCGCCCUCCUCGGCGUCGGAGAGCCCACCUCGCAGCGCGCUCCAGACGACGCCAGCAAGUCUUCCCUGUCAAUGCUGCCAGCGCGCGCUCUUUCCCGCCGCGCGCUCAAGGACGGCGCGACAACGGCGGAUUUGGACUCUCCGUUGCAGGUCACUGAAACGGACAGCGAGAGCGAUAGUAUCGAGGAGAGCGAUUCGGAGGAUGUCGCGUUUGACGGUGGAGCGGCGAAAAUCGGCGGAGACGCCCGCAGAGGCCUCCGGCGGCAGCCGCGGAUCAACAACAACAUGAAGAAGCACGGGGAAGACCUGGCGAGAAAGGGAGCCGAAAAGGCGGCGAAAAAAGCGCUGGAAUAUGGGGCGAAGAAAGCUCUGUCGUCCGCUGGCGGGUCUGCAGUGGGCGGAAUCUUGUCAAUCGUGGGGGCGGGAGACGGGCCUACCAUGAUGGGUAAGAUCGGCGCGGACAUUGAAAAAACCGGCAAGGUUGGACGCGUUAUCGGAAAGGUGAUGCAGAACAAGUACUUCAACGCCGUUGUGAAUACCGUGGCCCCCAAGCCACUGAUGGCGGGGCUGAAUAUGGCGGCGGAGCACUACGAUGAUAUCAAGAGGGAAGGGGAGAAAGCCGGAAAGGCUGUCGGGAAAGAGUUGAACAAGGCGGGGAACGCUGUAAAGAAUGGGGUGAACAAGGCUGGGAGGGAUGUAAAGAAUGGGGUGAACAAGGCUGGGAGGGAUGUAAAGAAUGGGGUGAACAAGGCUGGGAGGGAUGUAAAGAAUGGGGUGAACAGGGCUGGGAAUGAUAUCAAGAAUGGGGUGAACAGGGCUGGGAAUGAUAUCAAGAAUGGGGUGAACAAGGCAGGGAACGCAGUAAAGAAUGAGGUGAACAAGGCAGGGAACGCAGUAAAGAAUGAGGUGAAGAAGGCGGGGAACGCAGUAAAGAAUGAGGUGAACAAGGCAGGUAGAGCGGUUGGGGAUGCUGCUAAGAAGGCCUGGGGUGGGUUCACUGGCCUUUUCAGGAGAAAGUAG